UUUUUGUUCAACAACUUUUAACAAAAGUGAUGGUUUUACGUUCAGUUAAUAAGAUAUUUGUAUAAACGUAAUAUCUGUACAAUUUAACCCGGCUAUUGGCCGUGGGUAGCAGGUGGUUUUAUUUUCAUUUCAAACGCUACAAUCAGCUGAGAGUUAUGUUUUGUUUUUAGAUUUUAUUUUCCUACGCAUUUUAUGUAAAUCGUAAUCCGUCUAUGAUUAAUAAACUUUUGUGGCAACGCCUAAUUAGAAGGCAUUAAUAUUAAUUCAAUACACAAGACAUUUGUCACCAAUAGUAAAUGACCUUCUAUGGCUUACUGCGUUGUUGACUUUUGGGAGGUACUCAUGAAGUAUUUAGGUAUCGCUUGAAAUGGUUUAUUAUAAACCUGCAGUUAUGAAUAAAAUGACUCGUUUUUUCCAUUCUGUGUUCGAAAGUUUUAUUUUGUGUUAAUUGUUAAAGAUAAUUGGAGAUUUUCUUCCAAGUGCCUGUGAUUUAUGAUACUGAUGAAUAUGGUUGAAGAUGAAGCUAAUGGAAACAUUUUGCCUGCUCAGAAUUUAUUAAAUAUGCCUUCUUCUUCUCAGACUGUUGCCAAUCCAAUGACUAGUUCUCCACAGAGGAUUAGUGGCUCCUCCACUGAAAGUUUUCCCUCGCCAGGGGUGAAAAAGAAACAUACUGAUUUUGAAAGUAAAAAGUUAAAUCGUGGCAUUUCUAGAGCUACUGAUAAUGUGAAUUUGGUUUCUCAAGCCCGUUCUGAAAUAGUGAUUGUAGAUAAUUAUGAUCAAGAUUACUGUAUAGAAACCCCACCUCACAUGUUUGCUUUGCCAGAUCUUAAUUCAUUUCCUGAAAAUUUUAAAAAUUUCCUUGUAAAGGACCUUAUAGCUGUUUCUACGCAAAUAUCUUUAGAACAAGCUAACAGGUUGAAUUGGUGGACCAGUUACUGUCAGAGAUUAUGGCCUCUUUCUACUUCUGGUGAUGGUAAUUGCCUUCUUCACGCUGCUUCACUUGGUAUGUGGGGGUUCCAUGACAGGCUUCUAACAUUACGAAAGACAUUGCAUGGCUACCUUACCCUAUCUCCUAGAAGAGAAGCCAUAUGGAGAAGAUGGAGGUGGCAACAAGACCAAUUGAAUGCCCAAGCUGGAUUAGUUUAUUCUGAGGUUGAAUGGAGGCAAGAAUGGAAUGCUAUAGUUAACAUGGCUUCUACUGAACCUCGUCUUCGCAGGCUAAGUGUGCAGAGCGAACCUGGCUCUGACUGCUUAGCUGGAAAUAUUUAUGAAAGCUUAGAGGAAAUUCAUGUUUUAGCUCUUGCCCAUGUUUUAAAGAGGCCUAUCAUCGUCAUUGCUGAUACAGUAUUAAAAGAUAUGAAUGGGGACGCGUUAGCACCAAUUUCAUUCGGUGGUAUUUACCUCCCACUCGAGUGCCCACCCGAUGAAUGCCAUCGAUCACCUUUGCUUUUAGCCUUCGAUGGUGGUCAUUUCUCCGCUCUUGUGUCGAUGGAUUCUCCGUCAACAGGUCUCUCGUCUGCCAUCCCGUUAACCGACAGCUCUGGUGAACUACUCCCACUUCAGUUCAGCGUAGAUCCAGGCAAUAAUGCAAACGUCAACGAAUCAUUGAAACUAAACUAUAGCCAAAAUAUUGACCUCCUCCAGAGAUAUUUGGAUUUAAUAAAGAUUGAUUCACAAAAUGCACCAGUCUCUGAGGAAAGUAAGAAUGGACUUCUUGGAAGUAUUGGAAAACAAGUAGGCCAGAAACUGAAGCUUAAAUUGUCAAGAAGCAACUCUCAAAGGCAGGCUAAAAGUAUUUUAAGCGCUGCACUCCAUUCUGAUAAACGACACGAAUACCAUGAUGUGAUGAUUCGUAACUAUCUGGAAACUGCCAAACAGAGGUUUGAAUUGCAACAGGAAAAUGACAAGGGUGGUCUUGAGACCACUGUUGAACUUUCCUCUGAGACCAAAGAGAUGCGACCUGCCGUUCAUCCCCCAGAGCCACUUUUUCACUCUGUUAAAUCAGUGUUGGUUGGCUGCCUAAGUUCCUGGGAAAAGGGUGGCGAAGAACAGAGUGGUGGUAAGUACAAUGCUGGGAACUCUCAGUUCUACACGGCCGUCGAUACAGAGUCGCACCAAAGGGUGAGCCAGCUACCUCUGGUAAAGCCUGCCCAACCUGACCCCACGUUAUAUCUUUCCAAUUCGACCUUCUACGAAGAGGCCAUCAGCCAACCAUGCAGGAACCAGCAGUGCAAUUUCUUCGGUAACCCAGCCACUCUCGACUACUGCUCAAAGUGCUAUCAAGACUAUAUCGGUGCUUCUAACAAGUAAUAAUAGUGUUCAUUGUCUUCUGUUCUAUACGUGUGUAUAUAUGCUUUCGUGUAUCAUAGUCUCUUUGUCCUUGUUAUUAACAUCAAGUUGUUUGUUAUUUUCUUUAAACUUAUUAAGUUAUUAUUAAAAUUUGCAGAAAGGCAGUAGUUACACAUUUAUUUUUAUAUUUAAAAAUUAUUUAUUAUCGCUUCGCAUGCUUGAAAAGAAAAUAUCCUUAUAAUAUUUUUUCAAUAGGAAGAAAAGUUUUCAUUUAUAUUUCAAAGUUGGACUGAAAACAUUCCUUUGAAAACUUUAAAACAUCAAUGAAUCUAAUUCUUUUUAAUAUAGAUUUUUACUAAUGUACGGUAGAUUCCUCGCUCCUCGUCCUAUUCCGAAAUGAGACACUAAACAGUCAAAUAAGUAUUUAGUUGCUUUAUUUAAAUACAAUUAAAAAAUUAACCUAUUGGAUAUAUGUAGGUUUAUUUAAUACAUGAUGAAGUUAAACUUGAAUCCAUUUCAAUAAAAAUUUCUUUAGAUACGUGGUUUAAUUUUAGUGUACAAAUAAUAUUGCAAUAUAAGUAAUUUGUAUGUUGGUGAUCUUUUAGUUUGAAUAAUUUAGUUCUCAUGAUUGUGUAAAUACUAAAACUAGUCCCUGAAAAAAUUAUUUAAUUUUUUUUUUCCUUUUUAUUUUAAUUUAAUCCGGCGAGUCAGGUGGAGUACUAAAAUAUUUAGUUAUAUAUUAUUGUGUCUUCGCUAUUGUUAUUGAAUGUAAUUUAACAGUACUUAUGGUAGAAACCAUUUUUAAUCCUAUUGAUGAAAUAUUAUCAGGCAAAAAGAGUUACUCAUCUUUCAAUUUUAGUUAAAAAUUAAAUUUUUGAUUAAAAUGAUGUUUGAAGAUGAUGAAAUCUGUAAUGCCCUUUCUGCAAAAAGUUCUUUAAAACGUAUUCUAGACAUUGUUUUGUUUGCUUUAAAUCUGUAAGUUGUUAUUUACUGUCUUCUACAUAUACUGCCCAUAUAAUAUAAAUGAUAUAUAUAUUUUCUGUACGAUCAAUCAACGCGAUACCAUUUCUGUGUACCACUAUAUGUGCCAAUAUUUCAAACUAGUUCUUUUCUUUGCAAAUAAUGAGACAAAAAAUAAGGGACACAAUUAUCAUUAGUAUAUUAUUGAAAAAAUUUUAACAAAGAUUUUAUUCUCUAUUUGGGUGUAUGUUAAAGCGUUUAUGAGCGAUAUGCUGUCAUUUGGUUUGCCUGUAUUAGGCUGUGGAGAUUGUAUAUACUUGUUCUAAUCUCUAUCAUUCAGAUAUUCAUGGUAUUCAGUCCUAAUGAUUCCUAAAUUGGGAAAAAGUUGACCAUUUAGGCAUUAACUGUUAUUUUAGAGAAAAGGAUUAGUUUGAAAUCUUCUAUUGAUAGCCUAAUGAUUCUAAUUCCAAUGAGAGAAAAAAAAGGGAAAAUAAAUUUUACCUUAUGUUGUUUUUUAUCAUUGAUAACUGUGAUUGCACCUGUGUUAAUUUUUAUUCUGUUUUACCUUACAGAAAUGGUUUUAAUUUAGUGAAUGAUUUUUCAAUUUAUGCCUAAAGCAAUAAAAAUUUUAUAUAGAAUACUAUUAUAUUAGUAUCAAAACACAUUUUUAUUGAUGAUAUUGGUAUCUCUUUAUUUUUAUUCAAAAUUAUGUUAAAAACUGAAGUAUCUAAACCAUUAGGAAUGUUUUUUCUAUUGAUUUUAUGGUAGAACCAUUUAUUUAAAAUGUUUUGAAACUUAUCACAUUUAAUCAUUUUGAAAUAAUAGUUUUUUCAUCCAAUGUAUAUUAAAAAUGGUAUUUUGUUGCUAAUGUUUUUUCCUUCUAUUUCAAUGGUUUGUUAACAAGGCACAUUUUUGUAAUUGUUAAAUGAUGCUGUUUAUAUUUUAUGUGAUGUACUCAUUUAACUGUUUUGAGUUUUAGUUGUUGUUUGUAUAUUUUUCUGUAUACAAUCAUAUUAUACAAGAUUUGUUAGCUAAAGUAAAUUCAUAUUUGUUUAUUAAUAUGAAUAUUUGAGCAGGUACUAAUGUCUAUAACUUUCAAUCAAUUGAGUAGUUUUGAUUUUUUUCAUAAGUAAUUUUGAUUAAUUCAAUAAUCGAUAAACUUUUUUCUAGAAGUAAUAAUACUAUGUUUUAAUAAAGAUUGAUGCCAUAAAUCCUUAUCACAAUUAACUGCUAUGUUUUUAUUUAUUUAUAUGUAUGCACAAGUUUGCUUCAUUUAUUCAUUGGUCGCAUGUAGGUUACAUCACAUAAAUCACUUUUUGGUUUUAAUCUAAAACCAUAUAAGUAAAUGCUUGCCUAUGAAAUAAAAUGAUGUAUUGUUUAUUAUAAUAUUAUUAUAGUGCCUUAAUGUUUUUUUUUUAUUUUAUUCAACUUUCUUAAUAAUUUCCUUAUAGUUUUUUUACUUAUGUCACUGAUUGUUAUGAAUUACGCAAAAUAACUAAAGUUAGUUUAUUUUAGAAAUAAGGUUUUUACAAACUUCUUAACACAGUUCCUUAAAACAAUGGUGAAAAUUGUUGCUUAUAGUGAUUUUUGUACUGGUUGUGAACAGAACAAAGUGUUAUCAGUUUUGACAUGGUUAAUAUUUUUAUAUAUAUUAUCUAAUACAUGAAAUAGAAAAUUAAAAAAAAAAAAAAAUCAUUAAAGCUAAUGGUUAAGUUUCUUGGUUAUCUCUAUAAGUAAUGUAUAUAUUUUUAGUCUGUACCUGCAAACUUUGUUUUAAACAAUAUUUUUAUUAAAAUAGUAAUGAUUUAAGAACUUUUAUUGGAAUAUUAAUUUAAAGUGAGUGAUUAAAUUAUUACCAUAUUUCUUAACAUCAAUAAUCAAUAAUAUAAAUAUUAUUACUUUAAAUCAAUUGGAAGAUUAAAUAAACAUAAAAUAAAAUUUAAUUUUAAUGUAAUAAAUAAUUUAUUUUAUGUGAAAAUUAUUUAUUUAUAUUAUUAAUUUAAUUGAAUGUAUUAUUAUAAUACGUAAGCAAUUUAAAAAGUAUUUUGAAAUAGCUUUUAUGUUCUUACUGCCAUCAUAAAAUUAAAAAAAAAUGUCUCAUUCAGUAACUAUGUAAUGAGCUUAUGUUCAAUUUUGUAACAUAUUAAAUGUAAUUCUAUUUUUGUUGUUUUAAGGUCAUAUUAUAUUUCUGUAAUUUUUUGCACGUUAGUUUUGGGAUUCUGUAUUCUUUUUUUUUUCUAGAAUAGGUAACAGGAUUUUUUUAAAAUUCUGUAAUGAUUUCUUGGUUAUCUUUCUGUCUGUCUUUGUUUAAGCUUAUUUUUAUUUACUAGUCAUUAUCAUUUCUGUUAUUAUUGUUUUUAUUAUUAUCAUUGUAUAAAUUACGAAGGGCAUUGUUGAAUAGAUUUAUUUAAUAACCACUCAGUAGAGAUCACUGCAGCUUAAGAAAUCUCAAUUUAUAAAAGGUGGAUGGUUUUUAAAAUUUUCACUUGGCUUAAUGCAUGCUCCCUUUUACCUCUUUCAUAAAUAUAAGUUUUAAAUCUAGAACUUGGAUAUAAACUGUCAUAACUGCCGUCCGGUCAAUUUUAUAAUAAAUAUUUUUAUUUUAUCACACAAUAUCAAAGACAAAUUAAAGGUAGUUAAACUACUAAUAAGAAGCUAUCCAUCUUUGUUAAAUUGACUAGAUAUGAUUUUCAUAAAAAAUAUUGAAUCAUGAAUAAAUUAAUUUAAUUUGAGUACAAACAAUUUAAAAAGUAAUGGACAGGGUUAAAUUUUAGAAGUAUAAAUGUUCCUUAAGAAAUAAUAUAUUUACCUAAAGCUGUUCAUUUCUCAAAAUCGUAAAUUAGGAUAAAUAUUUUAAAUUAAAAAAGCUCAUCCAAUAGUUGUUCACUUUUGAAGUACAGAAAUAUGAUAAGAAAAAUAUAUUUUGUUUUAAUUAAUGAUUGUUAAUAAAUACCACGAGGUUACUUAUCAUAAACUUGCAAUUAUGAUAAGCUAGUUUAAAAUUGUUGAACGUACUAAGUUAAAAAUAGUUAUUAAAAAAAUCAUAUUUUUGCUACAUUAUUAAGUUUUAAUAUUUUAUUUAACAUUAAUAUUAAUUUAUGUUUUAUAGAUACUUUGCUGAAUUUUCAUGCUAUCUGUUGCCUUAUGUUUUAGUUGGGAUUUGAUAAACAAGUAAGAUUUCAGAAAUAUUGAUUGUUAAAAAAAGGAUUCAUAAAUCCUUAUGUGAUUUAUCACCACGGUGUUACAAUUUUUAUUAUUGUUGUUGGUUUGUUCGAUUGUGCCAUUGUGAUGUACUACUUUGUAUAAGUUGUUUAGCUCUAUCAUAAAUUAACAGACUGCUGUUUUGAAAAUGUUCAUUGUAAAAAUAUGUAUAUUUAAAAAUAGUGAGAUUGUUAACUGAGAAGAAAUUGUAAAAAUUUAUACUAACCAAUACAUCUAAUAUUUUUGAAUUUAUUUAAAUAUAUUUAUUAAGUCUGUGUUUAUUUUUA